AUGCUGAGAAGUGCAACCCGGGAGCUGAGGCGAGGAUGGCGGGUGUCGCAGCAUGUGGUGACCCAAGCCAGGACCACCGACUACCCAAUUUCUCUCCACUCUCGUCGGUUAAACUCCACAUUCGAUAGCAUUGAAUCUGCAAUACUCGAGCGCCGCCAAAGUCACAAUGCCUCACCAUCCAAGGCCGAGCUCAGGGCUGAGCUAAGAAAACAGUUAAAACGAGACCGGGAUUGUGGAAACAUAACUGACCAAGAAUUCGAUGAGGUUGAAGCCGCGAUACUGCAGCGCCGCACGGAAGCCUACAGAGCAUCAUUGAACCACGAAUUCAAGCGGAAUUUAGGCAAUGAACAACAUGACAAAGGCACAGAGCAACUAGGAUUUCCGUCGAACUACUUGCGCACCCGAAUUGAGCGAAGACUAAAGAUGCAAAAAGGAUGGGUGGACCAAAGUCCUGCCACUUUACUUCGCAGAUAUCUUGCUACAGAUGAUCCGGAACCAGGUCUACAGAAAGGCAUCGCCGUUAUUCGAAGUAUGCGACUCCCCGUCAUCUUAAUGCAGAUGCAUAUUCGAAGACAAGUAGCAGCCGACCCGGUAGGCAUGAAGGAAAUCGCCGAGGCUCUACCCUCAGAAGAGCAAUGGCAGCGCUUGAUGGGUAUACUGGAUUACAAUGGGCAUACGCAAGAAUGUCUGAGCCAAUAUGUCGACAUACUCUUCGCCAAGACUGAUGAAGAACGAUGUCACCUAUUCAUGGCAGACUCCAAUGCGAAACCUGUUUUCAUUUUUGGCUAUCUUCUAAGGCUCGGAUCGGGCAUCAGUCAGGUCUCAACCUUGGACAAUAUGUUAGAAUAUUUCAAGACGAGAUUGAGGACCACAGCAGAAAAGAAACGAGUUACGAGCAUGAGAUCGUAUAUCGAGGGACGUGCGCGGAAUCAAAUGCAAAAAUUCUCAACACAAGAGGUUAUGGAAAACAUGGAACGACUUGCUUUCCACUGUCGUCGCAUAGAGCCGAGACGCUUGGUGGCCCUUGCUGAGAUAAUCGCAGACUUCAUUGUAGAUCUAGGAGCUAACUCCCAUGGCUCCUCAGAACUGUUCACGACUGAUGAAAUUCCAGCAGAAGCGUACCAUGCGCAGUGCAAGUUCUUCAACGCAGCGCUUAGUGCCAUCGCUUCUCGGAUGGGAUCUGGGGCAGAGCACAAGGAAAUACCCUAUACAUACAUCUGGGCGGCUCAGCGUGUGCUUUUGGCGUUGUCUGAUAGCCUCGCACAACCUUUGGCGGUGGACAGAAGCGGGUUCCAGGCUAUAAGAGCUGUCCUGGCUGGGAUGCCUAAAAACAGGGACGAAAUGCAUGCUGCGUCUCGACAUUCAAAAUCGUGGCCUCCAUAUCUAACACCAACAGAUGGUAUUGAUGAAGCUAUGGAUGUCGAGGAAAGUUGGUCUCGUGUUGUUCGGGCAGGGAUGAUGAUGCAGGAAGCAGGAUUCCCUAAACAGGAGGUCGACGAUGUUAUCGACAUUCUGUACGGCUUGGCUCCCGAUGGUAGCCCUACAAUUCAGCAGCGAAUGCAGAUCAACUCAGACCGGAAGAUGUCAGCUUGGGCCGCAUCUAUCAGGGCGACGCGGAACUCUCAUGAAGCAUGGCAGCGGUUUAGGAACCCUCCGGAACCUGGUAUGAAACCUGGAGUACUCGAAUAUGCAGCUAUGUUCCAAAGGUUAUAUGCCAGAGAAGCCGAUCCUCAACGAGGCACGUUGCCCGGGGACAAUCAUCUUAAUCAUCCAAUGGACGAAGAAACAAACCUAACCGAAUUGGAAAAGCUGCGGUUACAGCCUCCAACACCAGGAGAACUCUAUGGCAUGAUGAGAGAAGAAGGUAUCCGGCCGGACGAACAGUGCCUGCGCAUAUUGGUGUCUAAUGCCGAGAGUGUUGCGGAGGCCCAUCGAUAUUUAGAGGAUGGCAGCACUGGUCGAAAGAACUAUGCUGAAUUGACAACGGCCUUCCCUUCAACCAAAUCGUUGAAGAGAACUCCCUUACCGCUGUUUUCAGCAUAUAUGGAAUGCUUGUCCCAGAUCCCUAAUCUUGGUGGCAGAAAUCUGCUACGUGCCGUCCGGCUCGCCGAGCGUCGCCUCAGCGGUAAGAAUGCCAAUUGGUCAUCCUUUGUAUGGGCGCCUAUCUUGAAACACCUUGGGCAGCACCAUGGCCGUUUGCGACUCACCCUUGAGGCACAGCUCCGCCUAUUGCUAUAUGUCAUGGACCACAUUGAUACUGAAAAGUCUAUGAACCUAGCCAUUGUUGACCAACUUGGCAAAACCUUACGGAAGAUCUUGCGACGAGAGGUAGAGACGCUGGCAGCGACUCUACCGAUGGGUAAUGCGGACAAGAACUCAUUCGCACAUCAUUACGAAAUACAGGCCACAGAGGCUGGCAAGAACAGCAAGUACGCUAGAAACGCACAAGAACUGACAUCACUGUCAAUGUUUCAAAUCAUCGGCGAAAGGAUGAGGGGCCUGUUCUAUUCGGUGGUUGUAAAAGAGAGACAAAGAUCACGCCCAGAAGAUAGCCUACAUGUGUCACAUGUGGACAUGAUACGAGCACGGAGAGAUCCGGUAAUGCCAUUUGUCGCUCACAAUUUGAUGCUGGCACUAGCAUUUGCAGGGCAAAUCAGGGCGAUAUCGGAUUUGAUGAAGUGGCUGAUUCAGGAGUGGAGCUCGCCAGCUCUACAAGAAGAGAUACAGAACAUGGGAGAGCUGCCGCAGGACUUGGACAUGAUUGAGACACUGUGUGCGUUCCGAGCGUUCGCAGAACCCUUGGUCAGACCUCGAAAGGUCGAGCAAGUCAUGCGUGGUGUAACGGAGAAUGGAGUCUGGGAGUGGCCGGAUGACUCGGUGGUGGAAAAGUACAUCGAAAGCCACGGAAACGGUGUGAAGGAGUUGAGGGACGUUGUGAAAUGGGCCCGCGAUCGAUUUCUCUAUCACAGAAAUAACAGAAUCACUGAUGUUCAUGAUCUCAACCUGGAUUGGACAAGGACGCAACAAAAGAAUUUGAGAGAACAGCUUGAUGCCGUUAAUGAUUUAAGGAGAAAGGUGUUUGCGGCGGACCAUGACGAAUUGAUGGAAGAGGAUGAGGACGAGGAAGAGGUAAAUGAGGACGUUGAAACGAUGGAAUGGGAAGAGGCAGAAGAAAGGGAAGAGAAAGCAGCCAGAGACCGGGCGGUAUAG